AUGUUCCUGCAAAUUCUGGGCUUCCUGGCCCUCGCCUACCUGGUCUGGAGCUUGGUGGCCAUGGAGCUCAAUUAUCGUCGCGCGUCCUCUAUGGGGAUUCCAUUAGUGCGUCUGCUUAUCGAUCCGCAAAAUAUUGUUUGGAUGAUCAUUGAGCCUCAUCUUUGGCCGGUGCUCGACCAUCUGCCUAUUGACUGGGGCACCUUUGGACGUUAUUCUCGUCGCGGAUGGUACUUUUCCGAUAGGGGGGCAUCUCAUCGACGCUACGGCCCUAUGUGGGCUAUUGUAACGCCUAUUGACGUCUACAUAAAUAUCGCCGAUUCUGAAGCUAUUCAAGACAUAUUUCAGCGUCGGACGGAUUUCAUCCGCCCAAGUAAAAUGUAUAAGGUGCUUGAGGUCUACGGGCCCUGUAUCUCUACAGCUAGCUUGACGGACUGGCCCCGUCACCGGAAAGUACUAGCCACUCCCUUUAACGAAAAUAUCAUGUCCUUUGUAUGGGAUGAAAGUCUCGAGCAAAGUAGCCAGAUGGUCGGCGUCUGGGCUGCCCCAGAUACCAAACAGAUCGUUAGCGUUGCGAAAGAUACUCGCACACUCUCGCUGAACGUUCUUGCUGCCACGGGAUUUUGCAAGUCAUAUCAGUUCCGUAGCGCCAAUGACCAUCAAGAGGAGAACAGCCAAGAGACAGCAAGCUACCGUGACGCACUGCAGACUGUGCUCGACAAUUGUAUUUUAUUGAUGAUCGCGCCACGGAAACUGCUCUCUCUCCCGUUUGCCCCUAAGUCCUGGCAUGUUCUUGCAAAAGCUGCCGAUGAUUUCAAGCAGGACAUGGUCCGUAUGCUAAACAAUGAGACUAAGGCAUUAAACGAGGGAAAGACUGGCUCUGGCGGUCUCAUGACGUCUUUUGUACACGCUAUGGAUCUUAAACAGAAGGAAGACAUGAUGGAAUCAACAAACAAAUUGUCGCGAAAAGGGCUUACCGUCAACGAGAUCUUUGGGAAUAUUUUCGUCAUCAACUUUGCUGGUCACGACACCACUGCCAAUACCUUAAGUUUUGCUAUGCUUCUUUUGGCGGCACAUCCAGAGGUUCAGGACUGGGUGGCUGAAGAAUUACAGUCAGUUGUCGUCACAAAAGGCCAUUAUGCCGAGCUCUUCCCCAGAUUAACCCGCUGCAAAGCUGUUAUGCUUGAAACUCUCCGUCACUUCCCACCUAUACCGUCUCUACCUAAGUGGACUAGUGACCAGCCUCAAGCUCUAAAGGUAGGUGAUAAAACCGUGAUAAUUCCUCCAAGCGUAGGGAUCAACCCAAGCAUCCUCACUAUGCACAUUCAUCCUCAACAUUGGGAAGACCCGCUAGCCUGGAAGCCCUCGCGGUGGGUGACAAUAUCCGAAGAGGCAGACGCAGCGACUACGAUCGAAAACGAGAGAAUUAUCACUCCGCCCCGUUGUACGUACUUCCCGUGGUCGGAAGGCCCACAGAAUUGUCUGGGCAAAAAGUUCUCGCAGGUGGAGUUUGUCGCGGUGAUGGCGAGUCUUUUACGUGGUCACCGGAUUCGUGCUAUCCAAAACGCCGGGGAAACGCCUGAACAGACGCGUGAGAGGAUCUUAGCCACCACGACGAAUGUGGAUCUGCAGCUGCUUCUUCGGAUGAAAGAUGCAGAUCAGUCCGGCCGUAGUGGUCGGGAAACCCGAACAAAAAACGUCGGUGCGGGAGGGGCGGGCCCCGGACGUUCUGCCGGAAUCGCCUGGGGCGACUCUAUCCUCGACGAGCUCCGUCCGUCGUCGCAGGGGAAAAGGGAGGGGGGAGGAUGCCCGAUCAGCCACACGCUGCGCCACGCGCCAGAGUUGACCCCUGAGUCCUUCAGCGGAUUCCGAUGUCACGACGAUAGCGGGAGCUCCUCGACGACGACGAUGGCUAGACCACCGCCAUCUCGUGCUCUCUUCGAGUACGAAGCGAGUCACAACGCUAUCGUCUGCGGCCCCUGUCGCAUUGGGAUCCCGGCCCGUCUGAAGGAGCGCCACCUCUAUGAAACACAUGGGAUCCUCAACUCCGCCGAAUGCCAGCGACACCUAGCAGCCAUCCCGGACGGGACCGCCCCGCUCUACGACCACUCCGACUUUACACCCCUCCCAGACGGUUCCCAACCGUUGCCGUCGCUCGCGAUCCACGAUCUCUGGAUAUGCGACACGUGCGGAUUCCGGUCCAAAAGUGACCGACUGGUCAAGAACCACAGCCGAGGGAAUCACGACCACGAUCCAUCCCAAGCGCAGAAGCUAGGAAUCCGUCGGGUCCAGGGCCAGCGUUGGCUUGCGCAUUCCAAAUUCUCUCGCUGGUGGACGACGUCUCCGCCCCGGCCCCAGCCCCAGGAAGUCCUAGCAAUCCGGCCGUUGUCAACACCAGAGCAACCACCCCAGGAGCAACGGCCUGCUCCGGAUGUACCGCGUCCCCUAACGAUCGAACCCACCGAUUCACCAGCGCCUCCUUAUGACGGCGAGUUCGAUCUCGGUGGGGACGACGAUAUCAUCAUCGAUCUCCCCGGACCCGUAAGCGAUGAUGACCCACCCAUCGUAAGUCCAGACCACGACCAGCCAUCGAGCCCAGGCCCUCUAGUAUCGGAUGGUGUUCCAAACUCGCCUUCCGCCCCUUCGCCUACAUCCGACGCUACGCGUCAGUACGCCGCCGCCCGUCCACCGCCAGUAUGGAUUACCGAGACCCUCAACGACGAGAACGGGAUCCGCCACUCCCAGAGACACGACCCCGACCGUGCGCCAGAUAUCGCCGCUGAGUUAGGCCUAUUCGUCCUCAGUGAGCGACAUAAGCGAGAUGAUAUGACUCCGUGGCUCAGCCACACGGGUUGGCUACUAUUCUUCGACGGGCGUCGGCUCCCCGCGAUGGCUGCACUAGCCGGAGAGCCAGGGAGGCCACAGCUAUUCGGACAGCUGAUCCCGUUCUGGGGUGGCGUGAACACCAACCUCUCCGACACUCAGAGGAUGCAUAACCAAGCGCUCAGGCACAUCGUCGCAUCAUUCGACCGAACGAUAGACCGGGCGCUUCACACCCUAGAGACUACGCGACCCCCGAUCCGUGCCAUCAUGCGGAACGGCCGAGGAGGUACGCCACGGAUAGACCGGCGGCUCGAUCGCCUUGAGAACGGUACCGAGGAAAAGUAUAUACGGCUCUGGCGUCGGUUCCUCUGCUAUAUCUUCCGCGCUGCUCCACUGCCUCGGGAUGAGCAUGAGGAAGUGCUCGGUCUCCACCUAGAUGACGAACAGUGGGGUGGGGUACAGCUGAUAUGGCGCCUCCUGACCCAUGCCCUAGGGCAGGGAUCCUAUAUCACCCCCGUGAACUUCCCCCUAAAUUAUAUUCCAUACCGGCCCCAGCUUGGGGCCGAGUAA